CAAUUUAUUCCUUGCUCCUCAUAUUUAGAUUCUUACGACCCUUCCACAGGAGAAGUAUAUUGCAAGGUGCCAGACAGUGGCAGAGAAGAGCUUCUCAAACCAGGGAGAUGAAAUUGUCAAGAUCAAAUUGAAAUUGUCCCAUGACAAGGUGAAGGGAGAAGGCAACCAACAGCUUGCUGUGUGACUCUGGUAACUCCACCGUGGAACAUUCUCAUCAUCAUCUUUUGUAACAUCUAAGAACAUUUCAUCAUGUGGAUCAGGACUCUCACUUGGUGAAUUUCUCUGCCAGUGGCAGCCAAUGACAGAUGAUUUGGAAAACGCACAUCCUGCUGCCCUCAGUCUGUGUGAUGAGUGAUCCUAAAGCAAGGAUGGAGAACCUAUGGUGUUCCCCAGUGGUGAUGCUGGACUCCAGCUCCCAUGAUCCCUGAUCUUUGGGUCAUGCUGACUGGAACACAUGGUAGUUGGAGCCCAAUAACGUCAAGAGGAUGACCAUUUCUCACCCCUGUUCCAAACAUUAUGACAGCAUUGAGGCUGCUGUCAAAGCUGCCCAAAAUGCCUUUCCAGGUUGGUCUGCCAAAACUCCCCAAGAAAGGUCAAAAAUAAUGAGCAAGCUAGCAGACCUUAUUGAAGAAAGUCUGGAGUCAUUUGCAGAAGCAGAAUCAAAGGAUCAAGGGAAAACCAUAACGUUUGCUAGAAUGGUGGACGUCCCCCGGGCAGUAUACAAUUUUCGUUUCUUUUCAUCCUCCAUCCUUCACCAGACAACUGAAUGUACACAGAUGGAUCACAUGGGCUGUAUGCAUUAUACUGAGAGAACGCCAGUGGGAAUUGCUGGCUUAAUUAGUCCCUGGAAUUUGCCACUUUACUUGCUGACCUGGAAAAUUGCCCCAGCUGUUGCAUGUGGAAACACUGUCAUUGCCAAACCCAGUGAAAUGACAUCUGUCACUGCUUGGAUGAUGUGCAAACUUCUCAAUAAAGCAGGGUUUCCUCCGGGUGUGGUGAACAUCGUGUUAGGGAGUGGUCUAAAAGCUGGAGAUGCCCUAGUUUCCCAUCCGGAGGUGUCUCUGAUUUCCUUCACGGGAAGCACACUCACUGGCCAGCACAUCAUUGAAAGGAGUGCUCCAUAUUGUAAGAAGCUCUCAUUGGAACUUGGAGGCAAAAAUCCAGCUAUCAUCUUUGAGGAUGCCAAUUUGGAUGAAUGCAUUUCUGCCACUGUAAGAUCCAGCUUUGCUAAUCAGGGUGAAAUUUGUCUCUGCACUAGCAGAAUCUUUGUCCAGAGGAGCAUUUACAAGGACUUCUUGAGAAGGUUUGUGGAAGCUGUCAAAAAAUGGAAAAUUGGAGACCCCUCAGAUCCCACGGUUGACCUGGGAGCAUUGAUAAGUAAAGAGCAUUUAGCAAAGGUAAAGAACUACAUCAAAAAAGCAGAGUCUGAAGGGGCUAAGAUCCUAUAUGGAGAGGGAAUAGAUUCCUUGGCUCUUCCUCCAAGAAACCAGAAUGGCUAUUUUAUGCUUCCAACGGUAAUUGCUGAAAUUGCUGAUGACUCAUGUUGCAUGCAGGAUGAGAUCUUUGGUCCUAUAACCUGCAUCACAGAGUUUGGCACAGAAGAGGAAGUGAUUAGGAGAGCCAAUGGAGUCAAAUAUGGCCUGGCAGCCACUGUCUGGUCAAGCGAUGUGGGGCGGGUUCAUCGUGUUGCUAAGAGACUGAAGUCUGGAUUGGUGUGGACCAAUUGUUGGCUUAUCAGAGACUUGAAUUUGCCUUUUGGGGGCAUGAAAGCCUCAGGGAUAGGCAGAGAAGGAGCAAAGGAUUCCUAUGAGUUUUUCACUGAGGUGAAAACCAUUACCAUAAAACACACUUAAAUAUACUGAUGAAAAUAUUUAAUACCUUAAUAAACAAAUAUUGUGGGGUU